AUGUGUUUCGGAAGCUCCAAGCAGGAUGACCCCCAGGCGAGGAAAAAUGCCGACAUUGAGAAGCAGUUGAAGGCGGAUCAGAAGAAGCAAUCGAAAGAGGUCAAGAUCCUACUAUUGGGUGCGGGAGAGAGCGGCAAGUCAACUGUGUUGAAGCAGAUGCGCCUGAUUCACACAAAAGGCUUCUCACAGGGCGAGCGUAGACAAUGGAAGGUGACCAUCUUCAACAACCUGAUUCACGCCUUCCAAUGUAUCCAAGGUGCAAUGGAAGAGCACGAGGUCGCGUUCGAAGAUCCCAAGAACAUCAAGUCCAUGGAACUCGUCUGCUCAGAGCCAGAGAUUGGAACAGACGACCCCAUGCCGCUGGAUUGCAUGCACGCAUUCAAGAACUUGUGGGACGAUGAUGGUGUACAGGGCGCUAUCGCAAAGGGUCACGAAUACGCGUUACACGACAACCUUGAAUACUAUAUGAGCGACCUAAGCAGACUGUUCGAGAAGAACUAUGUUCCAGGAGACCAGGACAUUCUGCGUGCACGCCUUAGGACGACAGGUAUCAGCGAGACAGUCUUUGAUACUGGCAAUCUUACCUUCAAAAUGUUCGAUGUCGGUGGUCAACGCUCAGAGAGAAAGAAGUGGAUCCACGUCUUUGACAACGUCCAAGUCGUCUUGUUUCUUGUGGCCAUUAGCGGUUUCGAUCACGUCCUGGUCGAAGACAAGAACGGAAACCAAAUGCACGAGGCACUCAUGCUCUUCGAGUCAAUCGCAAACAGUCGUUACUUUGAGAAAUCAGGCCUGGUGCUUUUCCUCAACAAGCUUGAUUUGUUCACGGAGAAGGUCUCAACAGGACGCGGACGCAUUCGCGACCACUUCCCAGAUUUCCAAGGCAGCAACACCGACGUGGCAGCCGGCCAGAAGUUCUUUGCCGACAAGUUCCGUAACCUGGUACGCGAUCCGUCAAAGGAGGUCUAUGUGCACGGCACGACAGCCACGGACACCAAUCUCUUGGAAAAGACGAUGAAGAGCGUGCAGGACAUGAUCGUACAACGCAACCUGCACUCAUUGAUGUUGUGA